AUGCCUUCACAACGUUCAGGCAACGCCUCUAGAGGUGCAAUGUCCGGAGGUCCGCUCACCAGCGCCUUUCUGCCCUCUUCCAAGCCCGCAUCCACCAGGUCAGGGAGCAGCAAGGCGCAUAUAAAGGGACCAAAUGGCGCCAUUGCUGCCUCGAACGCAGGAACCUUGUCAGCGGGUCCAUCUAGACCCUCCACACCUCCCCCCUCUCGUCCCAUCACAACACACAGCUCUCCUCGUGCAGAUCUACUAGGCGCCCCCUCUCCCUCUCCUCGCUCACGUCGAUCUCAUACAGCUCGAACACAGACACGCUCUGGCAGUCCUUCUCCUUCAUCCAAACAACCCUUGGUUGGAUUGGGCGUGCGCACAGAUCCCGAUCAGCCGGGCAAAAUGUGGUUGUUGCUCUCGCCCUCCAAAGCUGCUCAGAAGAGGAGAGAGGAGGAGAAGAGGAUGGAUGAGGGUAUGGAGCUGCGCAGUCGAGCCAAGCUGGAGAGGAGCGAGGGUAGAGCUGGAUUUGCAUCCCCUGAACCUGUCAUGGCUCGAUCCAGAAAACGAAGGAAGAUGGUGGACUUGCAUGGCUCCCGGCCGCUCGACGAUCCGCCAACGUCACCCACGAUAGGAGAGAUGCUCAUGAGGAACAAUACCGAGCUUGCUUUACCUGGCGCUCCGCAACAUGACGUUCAUCCAGCGUCUGCAUCCUCGCCAGCUCUCAACCCUCGCGUCGCGCACGCCUUGUCGCCCGGGCCAAGCCCCUGCCCGGGAGACCAGACAGCCGGAAAGAAGCUCAAGCCUAGCGCAAUGCUGGAUGAUGAAUGCCUCAAUGGCGAUGACCGCGAAGCGCAGGAAGAAGAGCUUCUCACCACCAAAGAUGUGCGGGAGAGGUGAGUCUUAGGAGAGCAAAAGCUGGCAGUGUGAAGCUCAUCCUGAUCAUCCAAACAUCUGCUACAGCGCCAUGGGACGCUCGCUAACAAGCUACGCAACGCUCAAUGGGCCAGCCGUCUUCCGCACGCCUUCCAGCGCACCUCGACUCUCUCUGACUUCCAAUGCAGUCUCACGAGAUCGCCUGAGCACAAGCAACGACGCUAUCCAAGCAUCAUCGACCAAGUCCCUCGACUUUUCAUCUGGCCCAUUCCCUUUUGACCUCUCGCCUGAUCUGCCUCUACCUCAGCACUACGCUACACUGCUGGCGCUUCAUUCGGCGCUUGAACAUGCGCUCGUCGCUCAUCUAGCUGUCAAAGGUCCCGGCGGAUCCAGCGACGAUGCUACAUUCGCACCACUCUCUCCUCAACCCAAUUUCGGGCGAUCCAAAUUGUCUCGAGAGGCCACAUCUGCGGCAGGAGACCGGCGCGAUGCAGAGACAUCAAAGAUGAUCCGACUGCCCGGCCUGCUCACUUAUGGCGCUCUGAGACCCGUCGUAGAGCGCGCUUCCGGUCGCGACUUUACGCCUAGACAGUUGGCUUUGCUGGCUGCAAUCUGGAGCAUGGAGGAGGAUGACGAGGCCAGCAGUAGCAACAAGUCUGGCGAUUCCUCCGAAGAAGCACAGCACAAGCCAGCAGGGAUUGGCCUGCUGUUGAGUCGCACGCGCACGCUGGAUGCUAGAGGACGAAAGUGUUGGGACUGGGCAAUUGGAAUCGAGAUGAUGCUGUGCAGGACCAAGGAAAGAGAUGCUACUCCUCCGCUUUCCCUACGGACCCCUUUCGUGUCAAGCUCGGCCCCUAGCACACCUCCCCAACGAUCUCGAGAUGAUUUAACGGGCCACAGUCCCGCCUCGACGCUCGAUAGGAGUCCCAAAAGACCGAGCAAAAGUCAACAGCUGAGCCCGAGCAAGGCGAGAGAGGGCAUGUCCAUCAUUGCACUUUGGAACAUGGGCUUGGAAGCGCGCAAAAAGGCCUUUAAGCAAAGACUGCUCGGCUUUGUGGCUAGGGCGCACAUGCGUUGGCUAGAAGGGGUGCGAGACGAAAAGGUGAAGGGCGAGGAGCUUGAUGAAGGAGUGCUGCGAGCUUGGCACGACGACUUUCCCCUGGAACACACACCGCUACCCACGCCUGCCACUCUGCCGGAACUUAAAGCGGCCAUCGGAAGUUCCGUCGCGCCUGGCAUGGACAUGCUGCGCUCGGGCAUGGCGGGAGCUAGCGCGCACAGUCGAGCGGCGCCACAAAAGUCCACACCAUCCCUGAUUCGCAAUGGUGCUUCGUCGUUGGUGCCAGGUCCUGUGCCUUUUGACGGUUCGAGUGCUGGCGGUACGAGUGGUGCAGCGUCGACGAAGAAAAUGUCGUUGGAAGAGCGCAUACGGGCCAAAGAGGAAGCAAAGAGGGGCCGAUUGCAGGACAUUGCGCAGAGGAGUCGAUGGUUCGAUUCGCGCAGGAUGGGCGGCAAGGUGGAGGAUGUGCCUAGCACGCCUUCGAGCAGGGGCGGCGGAAGCGUAUUUGCUAGUCCUGGACGCUCCGAGGUGGCAGAUUUGGAGGAGACCGAUGCGAGCGCAGGUGGGGCGCCUGUGGUAGAGGAGCAAGAGCUGGGGACGUCGACGAAAAGGAAAGAGGCAUCCUUGCGCGCACUAGCACCUUCGACAUCUGCCGAAUGGAUGGCGCGCUUUGCCAGGCGAUCCACCUUAUCGCGUCUCGUUUCCAUCGCCGAAGGUCUAUGGUUGCUCUUCCUCGCCGGUUCCAACUCAACCUCGAGCGGAGGAGGCGGAAGUCUGACCUCGGCGACGCUAUCCACAAGCAGCAGAUCGGCAGCUUUACCGAUGGAACAAGUGCUGGAAAGCGUGCGCAAGAGCUGUCCCAACUGCCUGAGCAGCAAGGAAGCCAAAGAAGCGCUGCAUCUCAUUCAACAGAUUGUACCGGGAUUCUUGAGCUGCUUGAACAGCGGACAGAGGCAGUGGGUCAGGUUGGAUAGGAAGAGGGGACUGGAGGAUGUGAGGAGGGCUGUAAGGCUGGAAUUGGAGAGUUGA